UGUUAUGUGUGUUUGUCACGUGAGCGCGAGCUUCGGUCCCGCUAGAAGGAAGUGCGGCUCUAGCUGGGCGGAAGGGAGCAGAACUUGGACCUAAAAGUCGUCUGAGACAAGUCGGAGCGACUCUAGACGUCGUGGACCUGCUUGAGUCCACCGGAAAUAAAAAACGAUCCACAAACUGGUCUCGUCCAAAUGAAACUCCACGCGCUGCUCCCGUUUCUGGGGUUGAUGACCUGCACUCUGCUCCUAAGGGGGCCGUCGCUGGGGUCGGGUCACCCGGUUCAGUCGUUAGAACAGACCAGAAUCCGGUUCCUGGAGCAGGUCGAUCGCCUCGGGCUCGCCUUCAACUGGAGGAAUCUAACCUGCCCCGCGUGCAAAGUGGUCUUCACCCUUCUUGAUAUCGCCCUUCUGAGCAACGCGAACGAAGAGCGAGUGGCGCACGUGGUCAGCGAGGCGUGCGUCCGCCUCCAUCUGUCCGAUAAGUUGGUGUGUCGGGAAAUAAUCGAGCUGUUCAGGGACGACUUCAUCAGGGCACUGCAGCAGUCCUUCCUCUGGCCCACUGAAGCGUGCGCCCUGUUGGUGGGCCCUUCCUGUGGCACGUUUGACAUUUACGCUCCUUGGAACAUCACUUUGCCAAAGGUUCCCAAACCCCCUGUUACACCGCCUUCUCCUCCCAAACCCGGUUCUCCGCAGAGCCGGGUUCUGUUUCUUACAGACAUCCACUGGGACAAGGAGUAUCAAGCCGGCAGCGCCGCAGACUGCAAGGAACCUCUGUGCUGUCGCAACAGCUCGGGCUUCCCCGGGAAGAGGCCGAGCCUGGCUGGGCACUGGGGAACCUACAGCAACUGUGACCUUCCCUUUCACACUGUGGAGAGCCUCCUUGAGAAUGCCGCCAGAGCCGGACCUUGGGACUGGGUCUACUGGACCGGAGACAUACCAGCACACAAUGUUUGGUCUCAGACCAGGAAUCAGCAGCUGACUGAACUUACAGUCAUCUCCAAGCUCGUCCGCAAACACCUGGGACCCAAAGUGACGGUCUACCCUGCAGUAGGAAACCACGAGAGCACACCAGUGAACAUCUUUCCACCACCUUUUGUUCACGGGAACAGAUCCUCCGCCUGGCUUUAUGAUAAAAUGGCAGAAGAUUGGGCAUCAUGGUUGCCAGAGCAGGCUCUGAAGACCCUGAGAUACGGUGGGUUCUACACUGCAACGAUUCAGCCGGGUCUGAGGGUGGUCUCGCUCAACAUGAACUUCUGUGCUCGAGAAAACUUCUGGCUGAUGGUGAACUCCACCGAUCCUGCUAACCAGCUGCAGUGGCUGGUCCAGGUCCUCCAGGCCAGCGAGGAUAAAGGCGAGAAGGUGCAUGUCAUCGGUCACAUCCCACCUGGCCUGUGUCUCAGCAGCUGGAGCUGGAACUACUAUCACAUAGUCAACAGGUAUGAAAGUACAAUUACAGGCCAGUUUUUUGGUCACACUCAUCUGGAUGAAUUCCAAAUGUUUUACGAUGAGAAAACCAUGACCCGGCCAUUAGGAGUGGCCUUCAUCGCCCCCAGUGCCACCACCUUUGUCAACCUCAACCCAGGGUAUCGCGUGUACUACGUUGAUGGGAAUUACCAGACCAGUUCUCGGCUGGUGCUCGACCACGAAACCUACAUCCUCAACCUCACGGUGGCCAAUCACAGUCCGGAAAAGAACCCCGAAUGGACUCUUCUGUACCGUGCCACCAAAGCGUACAGUCUUCCCACUCUGUUCCCGUCGGAUCACCAUGCACUGUUGCAGAACUUCGUCAAGGAUGAUCACGUGUUCCAGAAGUUCUGGCACCUUCGACAUAAAGGACACACGUCCGAGUCCUGCAUAGAGACCUGCAAAACCGCACUGCUCUGCUUCCUGCGAAGCGGACGCUACGACGAACUGCAGCAGUGCGACCACCUCAACGGCUUUGGAGGAACGUUGGUUCGGGCUUCGUUAAAAACUCUGUGCUGAUCUGAGUUCUGCCUGAAACAGCAGUGCUGAAGCAACGUGAGCCAAAAGAAAUCUUUGUUUCAAAGUUAAUCAUCAAAUAAUUGCACAUGUUUAACAAGUCAAACUGUUACAGGUGAUGCCGGUGUUAGAAAUCCAGCCAAAGUGUUUUAAAGUUCUGCCUUAGUCAGUAGUGUUUUAACGACUGACCGCAUUCGGCUAAAGGAUCUGAGUUUAGCUACCUCGGUUGAGUCAAAACCGCUUUAAAUUCUGAAACCUGUCGUUUACUUGAAAUGCACAGAAUGGUAGCAUCGUCUAUAAGUGGUUAUGUUAGCUGGGUGCCUUUUCUCAGGGGAAACGUGUGGCUUAUCAACAGCUGUUUGUUUAAAGCUGCUUUUUUGCUCUCUACGGUUUUUACAUUUCCUCAAAUUUUGUUGAUUAUCACACAAGAUGAAAGAGCUGGCAUUAAACUAGUGACCUUAAUUUGAAGAUGCUAAAAAGAAAAGUGAUUUUAAAUUAACUUAAAGGUGCAAUAUGUAAGAAUUUUGCAGAGAAAUUGUCACUAAACAGCCUCGUGUCUUAAUCCUGUUGGAAGGAAGGUUUAGUUGAAAAAGAUUUCCUUCUCGGUUGGCUGGGUGGAGGCCUGUCGUUCUUCUUUUGAGGGACGUAGUCGGUGUUGAGAAUCUGUCCUACCUCCAUACUUCCUGGUUCCAGAGCCAAUGGCCGUGUUCGAGUUGAGCAGCGCCUCACCUGGAAAGCAGACGGACGCAGCAGGGGGAGUGGCUGAAAGUCGGCGUUUAAGUCGGACAGAUUUCCCUACAUGUGUAGCUCGCGGGUGACGAUGGAUCAAGAUAUCGCGUUCAUACUUUUUUAAUUAUUUAUUUUAACUCUGGUGCCUGUUAGCAACCGAAACACAUCCUCACGUGCUUGUGGAUAUCAUAUAUUGUAUGUGAAGUCCUGACUGUAAUGAUAAGUAAAGGUUAUCAGCUGUAGCUUUAGCGUGCUCAUAGGAAACGUGACAAAAGAACACAAAUCACAUUCCUCUUUAUGGCCUAUAUAGUUGACAUCAUCAAUGUUACAUGAUUUAAAGAAUACAUGUGACCAACUAACAUUUUGCAUUCUACCACCGGAUGUUUGGAUCAACCAAUCAGGUCUUAGAUCAGGUGAGAGCCAGGCGUUUCCCGUCAUGCCCUAGGUUUUGCAGCCGGUGGAGAGCUACUGCAGCGCCUUGCUCCAAAAUCUGCGGCCGCCUUGAUCUCACGAGGUUAUCGUUGCCUACGUAGGCAUGACGUCAGAGCAAGUCGGACACGAAUCUAACCGGCAUGCACUGCACGCCGAUCACCGGUGAUCGAAUCUGCGCAGAACUGGCUCCUCCUGAACACAGCCAAUCAUAUGCUCACGGGGUUGCCAAGUCUUCAACACAAACGCUGUACCAGUAUUUGUAAUUUUGACACCAGCCGGCAAAGAGCAGCAGUGUUGUGGAAAAAAAGGUUAACCAAUAAAAGCAGCAGCCCAGAUGUUAUUUAUCGUAACCCUAAGAAGCUAGAGCAUUCUUUUUGUUUUUGUUUAAUAUCGGGUAAAGAAGGCCAGAGGCUAGCACUGCUACAAUGUUUGUUCGUUUUCCUCCGCUCAUCUGGGUUGGUAACGUAUCAAGUAGGUCAUUCCAGAUAGCCCUCUCCACCAGCUCCUCCGGCAGAACUCCCAACACAUUCCUAGACCAGAAUGGAGAUGUACUUGCUCCAAAGUGUCCUGGGUCAACUUGGGGGCCUCCUGCCAGCAGGACAUGCCCGAAACAUCACCCCAGGAAGGCGUCCAGGCAGCAUCCUGAUUAGACGCCCGAACCACCUCAGCUGGUUCCUCUCGAUGUGGAGGAGAAGCGGCUUUACUCCAAGUCCCUCCUGAAUGUCCAAGCUCUUCACCCUAUCUCUAUGGCUGAGCUCGGCCACCUUCCGGAGAAGACUCAUUUUGCCCGCUUGUAUCCACGAUCUUAUUCUUUCAGUUAUUACCCAAAGCUCAUGAUCACAGGUGAGGGUUGGGAAGUAGAUCAACUGGUAAGUCGAGAGCCAUGCCUUCUGGCUCAGCUCCUACACCACGAUAGACCGGUUCAUCCUCUGCAUCAGCACAGGCGUUGCACCAAUACUCCCGUCGAUCUCCCGCUCCCACCUUCUCUCCCUCGUGAACAAGGCCCCAAGGUACUUAAACUCCUCCACUUGAGGCAGGGCCUCUCUCCCGACCCAGAGUUGGCAAGCUGCCCUUUUCUGGUCGGUUCUAGAAUGCUAAUGGUGAAUUAGAAGCUCUGAAAAAUCUCAAGCUACAUUUUCAACUCACUAUUACAGUGAAAUGUGUUUAUUUACUUAACUUCCUUCAUCUAGAAUCUUCUGGCACUGAUCUGUAAUUGGCAACCGUAGCUCAAAACAGAAAUGCUUGUUUUGAAACUUGGGUUGCAGUACCUAAAUAUGACCACAAGAUGUCAUUCUUACUUCAUGCACCUUUAAAUUAACUUUUUAAAAUCUUUCAGUUGUGAAGAUUUGGGUCAAUGUUUUAUAUAGUUUGUCUUAAAGACACCCUGAAAUCUCACUGGUUGUUUUUCUUUAAAGAGCAAGUCACCCCCUACCAGAGUCUUACUCCUUCCACUUCAUGUUUGAAAAAUGCAACAAAUGAUAUUGCCUGGCAGACCGAGAGGGCGUAGCCUCUACUAAAUACACACACAGACUCACAACAACAUUGUAAAAUUAUAAUGUACCAUCCAACAUCAUCGUGUACUUCCUAGCCAAUAGCGAUGGCAGAUUUAAAUUCAAAUAGUUUUUACCUGACGACGGCACAACACUGAGUUUUAGGCAAAAUAUUUAAAUUUGAACUAAAAUGCACUUAAGUGCCAAAUUAUUGACUACACGUGUCUACAGCACAAUUAGACAUUUGUAGUUUAUCAGUAAAAAAAAACUUGGUUUGGGGGUGACUUGCUCUUUAAUGUUUACUUCGUUUGCACUUUAAUUCUGUGUUUUAAAGAACAAGUCCAUUUGGUCUCAAGUAUUAAACUAAUCUGGGUUUGUGAUGUUAAUGUGAGCAUGAAAUUAAAAAGCCAUAAUUUAAGAAAUGGUGUGUACAGCUAAAGAAAUAAACAACGAAAUGCAUAAGUA